CCGAGCUGGAGGGGCGAGUGCCAGGUCGGCCACGAGACAGUUUGGUGUCAGGGUCCUGGCAGCUUCCUCUUCCGCCGCCACUUCCUCGGGCCGGAGCCCCGAGGCAGGAGCUGCUGCCCGGGCCGCCCUCCACCCCAACUCCGAGCCCGCCCCCUGGGGCUGGGUCAAGCCCGCAGGCUGGCUAGGACUUUUGUGGGGAACCCAUAGGCCAAAGGUUUGGGGGCCGGAGGCGGCUGGGCCGGAGGCCUGGGCUCCAGCCAUGAAGGCUCGGCAGAGAGGCAAGAAGAAGGGCGGCUCGAAGGAGCGGGUGUUCGGGUGUGACCUGCAGGACCACCUGCGGCACUCGGGCCAGGAGGUGCCCCAGGUGCUGAGGAGCUGCGCGGAGUUCGUGGAGGAGUACGGAGUGGUGGACGGCAUCUACCGCCUCUCAGGGGUCUCCUCCAACAUCCAGAAGCUCCGGCAGGAGUUUGAGGUGGAGCGGAAGCCAGACCUGCGGCGAGAUGUUUACCUCCAAGACAUCCACUGCGUGUCCUCACUGUGCAAGGCCUAUUUCAGAGAGCUGCCCGACCCGCUCCUCACGUACCGCCUCUAUGACAAGUUUGCUGAGGCGGUGGCAGUGCAGCUGGAACCUGAGCGCUUGGUCAAGAUCCUAGAGGUGCUUCGAGAACUCCCCAUCCCAAACUACAGGACCCUGGAGUUCCUCAUGCGCCACUUGGUGCACAUGGCCUCGCUCAGUGCCCAGACCAACAUGCAUGCCCGCAACCUGGCCAUCGUGUGGGCCCCCAACCUGCUGAGGUCCAAGGACAUCGAGGCCUCGGGCUUCAAUGGGACAGCAGCCUUCAUGGAGGUGCGUGUGCAGUCCAUCGUGGUGGAGUUCAUCCUCACGCACGUGGACCGGCUCUUCGGGGACACCGCCCUCUCCGGUGGGGAGCUGGAGAGUGGAUGGCGGUCCCUUCCAGGGCUCCGGGCAUCGAGCAGCCCCGAGGACCUGAUGCCAAGGUCGCUGCCCUACCACCUGCCUAGCGUCCUGCAGGCUGGCGACGGCCCCCCGCAGCUCCGGCCCUAUCACACCAUCAUUGAGGUCACAGAGCACAAGAGGAAAGGGUCUUUGAAGGUCAGGAAGUGGAGGUCUAUCUUCAAUCUGGGUCGUUCUGGCCACGAGACCAAGAGGAAAUUCCCACGGGGGGCUGAGGACAGGGAGGACAAAGCUGACAAGGGCACCCUGCGGCCAGCCAAGAGCAUGGACUCCCUGAGCGCCGUGGCCGGGGCCGGAGACGAGGCAGAGGCAGAGGCAGAGGUCCCCAGCAGCCCCCGGCCCAGCCCCCGGGCGCCUGAGAGCUUGGAGGAUGACCCUGCAGAGGCAGCAGGUGAACCGGAGCCCGAGGCAGGGGCCCCGGGCAGCACCAGCUCGGAGCCGGGAACGCCACGCGCCGGGCGGUCAGCGGCCCGUGCUGGGGGCGGCAGCCGGGCCGAGCGCUGCGCCGGCGUCCACAUCUCAGACCCCUACAACGUCAACCUGCCGCUGCACAUCACCUCCAUCCUCAGCGUGCCUCCGCACAUCAUCUCCAACGUCUCCCUGGCCAGGCUCACCCGCGGCCUGGAGUGCCCUGCCCUCCAGCCCCGGCCGAGCCCCGCCUCUGGCCCUUGCCCGGGCCCCGGGCCCCCAGAGGAGAAGUCCGAGGCGAGUCCAGCCCCAGGCCCCCUGGCCGACUCUGGCCCAGCAGCCCUGGCCGCUGCCCUGGAGGACUGCCUGUCCCAAGAGGUGCAAGACUCCUUCUCCUUCCUGGAGGACUCCAGCAGCUCAGAGCCUGAGUGGGUGGGGGCGGAGGACGGGGAGGCGGCCAAGGCAGGAGCAGCCUUCUCUCCUGGGGAGGACGACCCUGGGAUGGGCUACCUGGAGGAGCUGCUGGGAGCUGGGCCUCAGGUGGAGGAGUUCUCCGUGGAGCCGCCCCUGGAUGACCUGUCUCUGGAUGAGGCGCAGUUUGUCCUGGCUCCCAGCUGCUGUUCCCCGGCCUCCACGGGGCCUGGGCCGGAGGCAGAGGACAACGGGGAAGAAGUCUUCCUGAGUGCCUAUGACGACCUCAGUCCUCUUCUGGGGCCCAAACCCCUGGCCUGGGAGGGUCCGGACAGUCUGGAGGCUCCGGGACAGGCUGAGGGGGUGCAGGCAUGCUGGCAAGUGGAGGAGGUCAAGGAGGUGGAGCCUGGCAGCAGAUGGGACAUCAGGGAGGAGGCUGAGGGAAGUCCAGAGAACAAGGUGGAGGUUGGAGAGGCAGGUGGAGAAGGCGGGGAGGCUGAGGUGAGCCAAGAGCUGGUGGUCAGUUUGAGGGAAGGAGGUGGGGAGGAGACAGAGGCCAAGGAAGAGUCCAGGGGCCGGCAGGAGGGUGAGAGCCUGGAGGGCGCUAAGGGUGCGGAGCCAACAGGAGAGCCAGGCAACGACCAGAAGAAAGUCGAGACUGAAAGACGGGGAGAGGCUGAGGAAGGAGAGGACGCCCAGGUGGAAGCUGGAAGGGACCCAGAGCAGGGGGCCCAGGAAGUGCGAGCUGCUGGCGAGAGCUGGGACGCUGUCCACACCCAAGCGGCUGAGGAAGGCGGAGAGGGUGAGGAUCAAGUCAAAGGGCAGAGGGAGAACAGGGCCCCAGCCGCCAGAGAAGACCAAGGGGAUGGUGAAGGCGGCGCAGAAGCAGCAGCGGAGGCCAGCAGGGAGCGGGAGAGCGGGGAUGGAGAGGCAGAGGGAGAGCAGAGGGCUGGAGGCCACCAAGAAGGGGGCGUCCUCCUCGAAGGGUCGCAUGUAGUGUCUCUAGAGGUUGACGAUGCCAAAGAGGGCGGUGCCCAGGCCUCUGAGACCCAACGGGCAGCCCCACAGCGCCCCCGGCCAGAGGAGAUGGAGCCCGAGGGGCAGCUCCGUCCAGAGGGCUGCCAUCUGUGCCCCUGUCCCCUCGGCUCGGCUGGCAGCGUGGGCAUGCGCCUGGCCUCCACCCUGGUUCAGGUCCAACAGGUCCGCUCUGUGCCGGUGGUGCCCCCUAAGCCACAAUUUGCCAAGAUGCCCAGUGUGAUGUGUAGCAAGAUCCACGUGGCACCGGCAACCCCGUGCCCAAGGCCUGGCCGGCUGGAUGGGACUCCUGGGGAAAGGGCUCGGGGGUCCGGAGCCUCCCGCUCCUCUUGGAGGAAUGGAGGCAGCCUUUCCUUCGAUGCUGCUGUGGCCCUGGCCAGGGACCGCCAGAGAACCGAGGCGCUGGGGGCGUGGCGGCCCCAGACCUGUGCCGGGAGUGAGGACUGCAGCCUCAUCCCCAGAACCUCUCCCUGUAGUAUGAUCCCUGCCCUUUCCCCUCGGCCCCUCAGCUGCCUCGAGCUCCCACCUGAAGGCACAGAAGGGUCUGAACCCCGGAGUCGGUUUAGUCUACCCCCCCGAGAGCCCCAGCCUCCUCAGCCCCUUUUGCCCCCACAGCGCCGAUCAUAUGCAUUUGAAACACAGGCUGACCCUGGAAGAGGGGAGGGCCUAUGAGUAGGGCCGGACCACGGGCACGGGGGCAGUGAGCUGUCUUCAGUCUCGGGGUCCCUGACCAGCGGUCUCCUGCAGCCUGAGCAGCUGCGGCACCCACUCUUCAGGCUUGGGCCCUCGGACUUCUGACUGUGGGAAGCUGCCUGUCUGGUUGGUUUGCCUAAACUUGUCUCAGACACAAAGCACCGGUCCCCGAGGAGACUCCCCAGGAGGUCACCAAGAGCCUGUUCCUAGGGAGUGAGGUCACUGGCCAAAGGGUAGGCAGGCACCGCAGAGGCUCGCCACGGGGAGAGUGAAGGCGGGGAGGUUUCUGCCUCUUCGGAGGCCCCUAGGGUGGAGGCGGGGAGGGCAGGGCCAGGGCGGAGCCUGCCCGCGAGCACUCCUGGGGCGUCCGGUUCGCUCUCCGACCCGGUGGCCCGCUCAGCCCCAGGUCAGGAGAAGCAGGUCCGGGGAGCUUCGGAGACCCGUCCGUGGGAAGGUCUGGCUCCCUCCAGCUCCCCCGCAGUCGGCCUCCGACGCCUGAAGGACGAGCGGUCUCCUCCAUUUCUCUUCGGCCUCUUUCCUCCUUGGAAGUCACUCCCUCCUCUUCCAGGGCGGGGAAUGGCGCCCCUCAGCCCGGCCGCUUCCCCGAAUAAAAGCGGUGUUGCCACAGGCCA